AUGUCGUCCGGAUUGACUCCUGUUUUCUCCAAAGAUGCCUGCCCUCCUGCCGGCCCGUACAGCCAGGCAAUCAAAGCGGCCGGUCAGAUUUGGGUAGCGGGACAGAUCCCCGCAGACUCGACUGGGAAGCUGGUGGAGGGGUCUAUUGCGGACAAGACUGAGCAGUGUUGCAAGAACAUCAAGGCAAUUCUGGAGGCUGCGGGAAGUGAAAUGGGAAAGGUCGUCAGAGCUGGGGUCUUCCUGUCCGAUAUGAAGUAUUUCGGGGAGAUGAACGCCGUGUAUGAGAAGUACUUCUCGCACAAACCGGCAAGGACUUGCGUUGCUGUACGGGAACUACCCAAGGGCGUCGACGUCGAGAUUGAAGCAAUUGCUCUUCAAUGA